AUGAGGAGAGAUCAGAGAAGUCCAAAACAGGAUCCAAUUUUGAGUUCUCAAUAUGUUGUAUGCGAGGGAAGGUACAACUGCCGUUUUGAAGCACUUGAUCGGACGCUCAGGAAUCUUAUGUCAGUUACCGAUCAACAUAAGACACAUCAAACAUUUGGUGGUAAGAUUGUUGUUCUAAGAGGUGAUUUCAGACAGAUACUUCCGGUGAUUCCGAAAGGAAGUAGACACGAUAUAUUAGCAUCCGCUAUUAACUCAUCCCAGUUUUGGUCAUUUUGUAAGAUACUUGAUGUUGGAAAUAGAAAUAUUAUCUCUGUUGUUGGUGAUGAAUCAGAAGUUAAAAUUUCAGAUGAUCUAUUGAUUACAACUACUGAUGAUCCUCUCUCUCAUUUGGUAGACUUUGCAUAUCCAAAUUUGUUGCAAAACAUGUCAGAUUACAGGUAUUUUCAGAAUAGAGCAAUUCUUGCACCCACACUUAAGAGUGUCGAGAAGGUAAACGAUUUUGUCUUGACAAUCUUUUCAGGGAUGGAAAAGGAGUAUUUGAGCUCUGACACAACAUGUCAAGCUGAUGAGAAUGAAGAUGUAAAACAAGAGUGGUUCACAUCAGAGUUUCUAAAUGACAUCAAAUGUUCGGGACUACUCAAUCACAAGUUGACUUUGAAGCCAGGAGUCGCUGUAAUGCUACUGCGAAACAUAGACCAGACUUCAGGUUUAUGCAACGGGACAAGAUUAAUAGUUAACAAACUUGGCAGCAACGUAAUUGGAGCGACGGUAGUGACCGGUAGAAAUAUUGGAGAUAAAGUGUACAUUCCAAGAAUGAACUUGAUCCCUUCAAAUUUAGGAUUGUCGUUUAAGUUUCAACGGAGACAAUUUUCAUUAACAGUAUGCUUUGCAAUGACCAUUAACAUGAGUCAGGAUCAAUCAUUAUCACAUGUACGGCUUUAUUUGCCAAAAUCAAUGUUCAUCUAUGGACAACUUUAUGUUGCUUUGUCAAGAGUUAAGAGUCGCAGUGGUCUCAGGAUAUAA